GCCCUUUCUGAUAGAGCCAUGGACUCUCUCAAGCUUGCUAACUUCUCGAUGUGUUCUUGCCUUCUGUUUGCGACACUACUUGUGUCCUCGGUUUCUUUCUCAGCCGCCGAAGUUCACUACCAUGAGUUUGUGAUCCAAGCUAGGCCAGUGAAGAGGCUAUGCAGAACCCACAGCACUAUCACAGUUAAUGGCCAAUUCCCAGGGCCAACACUGGCAGUGAGAGAUGGAGAUUCUCUGGUCAUCACAGCCAUAAAUCGGGCCAGAUACAACGUCACUCUGCAUUGGCACGGAGUGCGUCAAAUACGAAACCCAUGGGCAGACGGACCUGAAUAUGUGACACAAUGCCCUAUCCAACCUGGAGGAACAUACACAUAUCGAUUCACCAUCCAAAACCAGGAAGGAACAUUGUGGUGGCAUGCUCACAGCAAAUGGCUUAGGGCCACCGUUUAUGGAGCUCUCAUAAUCUAUCCCAAAUUGGGUUUCAAUUAUCCAUUCCCAAUGCCCAAGCGAGAAUUCCCUAUACUUCUCGGUGAAUGGUGGGAUCGAAAUCCAAUGGAUGUGCUCAAACAAGCAUUAUUCACAGGCGCUGCUCCAAAUGUAUCUGACGCGUAUACAAUCAACGGUCAACCUGGAGAUCUGUACAGAUGCUCUAGCAAAGGAACCGCCGUAUUUCCAGUGAUACCAGGCGAAACGAUUCUCUUGAGGAUCAUCAAUGCUGCACUCAAUCAAGAACUCUACUUCUCCGUCGCAAACCAUCAAAUGACGGUCGUGGGCGUCGACGCCGCCUACACCAGGCCUUUCGCGACCAAUGUCAUCAUGAUAGGACCUGGGCAAACCACCAACGUGCUCAUUACGGCUAACCAAGCCCCGGGUCGUUAUUACAUGGCAGCACAAGCCUACCAGACUGCUCAAAAUGCAGCCUUUGAUAACACCACCACCACAGCAAUUCUCCAAUACAUAUCGACAUCUGGUAGUAGUGGGAAGGGACAAUCCUCUAGGCCAAUUCUCCCAAGACUACCUGCCUUUAAUGAUACAGCCACUGCAACUGCAUUUACUUCGAGCUUGAGGAGUCCUGGGAAGAUCCAAGUCCCGACUCAAAUUGACGAAAACCUAUUUUUCGCUGUAGGAUUAGGACUUAUCAAUUGCUCCAAUCCUAACAGCCCUCGAUGUCAAGGUCCCAAUGGGACUCGGUUCGCUGCCAGCGUGAACAAUGUUUCUUUUGUUUUUCCUAGAACAAAUUCCUUGAUGCAAGCCUACUAUCAAGGUGUUCCCGGAGUCUUCACAACAGAUUUUCCACCCGUCCCUCCAAUUCCAUUUAAUUACACUGGCAACGUGAGUCGGGGUCUAUGGCAACCUGUAAAAGCAACUAAGCUUUACAAGCUAAAAUAUGGUUCCAGGGUACAACUUGUAUUUCAAGAUACAAGCAUUGUUACAACAGAAGAUCAUCCAAUGCAUCUUCAUGGAUAUUCCUUCGCCGUGGUUGGGGCGGGAUUUGGGAACUUCGAUCCAAGAAAUGAUCCGGCCAAGUUCAAUCUUAUCGAUCCCCCAGUGAGGAAUACGAUUGGAACAACUCCAGGUGGUUGGGUAGCGAUCAGAUUCGUGGCCGAUAAUCCAGGAGUGUGGCUGCUGCAUUGUCACAUUGACUCUCAUCUGGUCUGGGGUCUGGCCAUGUCUUUCCUGGUGGAGAACGGUGUUGGGGAGUUGCAAUCUGUAAUACCACCCCCACCAGAUCUACCUCGCUGUUAAACCAAUUGCCGGUUACACUGCAAAAGUUCCAGGAUUGGUGGAUAUCUCGAAUCCAGUCAUUAUGUUCUAUGAUUGAUUGUUCUCCCAGAUCUGUCGUCAUUGUUUUUCCUAUGAUUUGAUGUUAAUUGGAUGAGUUAGAAAUUUGUGAUGUU